AAAAAACUGAAAAGCCCAAAUUGCUCUGAUGCUCUUUCCCUCCAAAGUCCAAAACCCUAACUCCCUAAUCAACGAACACCAAUGCCCUGCCAGUCUACCAACUGAGUAACUCACCGCGGCGGCGGCGGCGGCGGCGUGCAGUACUUGACGGCUCGUUGCACUCAGUCCACUCACCCACCGGCGCGGCACAGUGACAGCCAAAGCAUUAUGGUACCAGGAGACUCUUCCGAAAGACUCUCCCUUCAAUGCAGAAUCCGAGAGGGGGACCUAGUAAUAGUCUAUGAACGCCAUGACAACAUGAAGGCUAUCAAGGUAACAGGAGGCUCUGUCCUGCAAAAUAGAUUUGGAGUAUUCAAACACUCUGAUUGGAUUGGUAAGCCAUUUGGGUCUAAAGUCUUCAGCAACAAAAAUGGCUUUGUUUACUUGUUGGCACCAACUCCAGAGUUGUGGACAUUGGUACUUAGUCACAGGACACAAAUUCUCUAUAUAGCUGACAUUAGCUUUAUAGUAAUGUACUUGGAAAUAGUCCCAGGAUGUUUCGUGCUCGAAUCUGGUACAGGUAGUGGUUCUCUCACAACUUCACUUGCUAGGGCUGUUGCACCCAUGGGUCAUGUCUAUACAUUUGAUUUUCAUGAGCAAAGGGCUGUUUCAGCUAGGGAGGACUUUGAGAAGACAGGUAUUAACAGCUUAGUUACAGUGGGAGUUCGAGACAUUCAGGGUGAGGGAUUUCCCAAUGAAUAUUCAGGACAGGCAGAUGCCGUCUUCUUAGACUUGCCCCAACCUUGGCUUGCCAUCCCGUCAGCAGGAAAGAUGCUGAAACCAGAUGGGAUUUUGUGCUCAUUCUCGCCCUGCAUUGAGCAAGUACAACGAUCAUGUGAAUCUCUUAUGGUGAAAUUUACGGAUAUAAGAACAUUUGAGAUACUCCUUCGAACAUAUGAAGUUAAAGAAGCAAGAGCUGAAAUUGGUGAAGGAGAUGAGGGCUUCUCCUUUAGAUCACCACCUCGCAAGAAAAGACAACAUUCCACUGAGAAAGGCAACGAAGUGGAGGCUUCUUGUGCCACUACAAUCGUGGCAAGGCCUUGCAGUGAAGCAAGAGGCCACACUGGUUAUUUAACAUUUGCAAGACUGAAAUGCCUCUCAUAAGGUGGUGGCCAUGUCUAUUGUCUGUAUUUUGUUAGAUGGCACUCUUUGGGUUCUUGUCAUGGUUCACUACUGAUAGCUGUAACUUCAGUUUGGAUCUCGGCAUGGAAAGAUCUUGAUUUGUAUCCAUGAGGUGUUUGAACUUGAAAAUCAACUUGCCCAUGUGGGCAUUGAGUGCAAGAAUGUUGGUGGACUUCAAAGAUGCAAGUGAUUGAAGAAUGGAUCAAGACUUCAGAAAGAGACAUUUACACUUUGAUCACGAUUUGAGUUUGUUGUAGCAAGUUGAGAUACGAAUGAUGUCUUAUUAGUUCAGUCACCACAUUGUUAUCUUAUGCAAAUGCAGAUUUGGUAUUAAUCUGAGGGUUUUUUAGCCUUGUAAGGUACCAGUAUACACAGGUUAAUUAUGUGACUUACAGACACUAAUUAUUUUUGUUGUACUGCUUAAAAUUUCUUCCUAGACAGGAGGUUACUGAAAUACGAGUUCCGCGACACAUCCUUAAAACUCAAA